ACAUUUUGAGUAAAAUGUCUUUAAAACUCAUUUAUCCCUUUUUACUGAUCCUGUGUAAAUACACUCAAAAGUAGAAGCAAGAAGAAGAUUACUGUUCUACAAUAUAGUGACCAUCCUGUAGUAUUCUUAAUGUUUUACUGUAGGAAAUGCCACCUGAAGUUCAUUUAUACACAUGGCAUUAAAAUACAUCGAUUACAGCAUUUACAGACUUGUACGGUUUUUAUGAUUUUUACUUUCUGUUUUGAAUUUCCCUUCGCAAACAUUUUUAUCUACUAGAAAUUAGCAUAAUAUUACAAGUCUGUAAUAAUUAUUUCGGAAGCCUGUUUCCAACAUGUUAUACGUCGCUAUCAGACAUUUACCACGUAUUUACAUGAUUUAUGUACAGCAUGCGUUCUGUAGUUCCAAGCACCAGUUCAAAGCACCAGAUUACAGCGUGUUAAUAGCGUCCAUUACAUGAAAUGUCCGAUAAUACUACGGUACCGCUUUUGGUUUUACAGUUAGUCCAAUACCUGAAAUAUCGCCCGGGGGCCAAGACAGCGUUUCGGCGAUGUGUCAGCAGCUUUCGCAAGGGCUUUCACUUCUUUCGAGCAGCGACGACUUCGGACCAAUUACUACGCAAAGCACAAGUUCUGUCGCUAAACAGCUUUUCAAGAGCACUGUAGCUAAUAAUACUCCGCCAGCAUCUAGCAAUUCUUUGGAAGAGAUGACGCUACAAAAUGGUCCAAGUCUAAACAACAACAAUAAUAACAACAAUAAUGACAAGAACGAGGAUCUCAGCAAUUUAAAUCACGUCGGGCCCAGCUGGCGGGAGACGUCGCCAGUUUUGGCUUCGAAUCACAGGCUCACGCCGAUAUUGAACAAAACCAACAACAUCAGUCCUAUUCUUCCGAGAACGAACACACCCACCUCGAUCGUUAUGAGCACCCCCGCGCCAGCUACCAGCAUUAGUGCGUUUGGUACAUCGACUUCGGCGAGUCCAGCCUUUAGCACAGCGUCGACGUCCUCUUUGGGAAACGUCGCCACGCCAGCCGCGAACAGAUCUCCAAUUCCAGUAACUUCCGCUCUCGUACCGAUGACAACUUCGCCGAGUACGAGCGUGGUAUCCACCUCUUCGGUUCUGUCUAACAGUAUUGUCAACGAUGCUAGCCAAAUUACUCAGGCUCCGGUGGCUAGUACUAUUUCCACGCCAGCAGUUCAACCAGUUGCAACGACGGCCGCGUUGCCUAAACCAGAGCAGUGGCUGGGCAGCAUAACCGGCUCGGCGCCAGUGCAAUCCCCGUCGCAGGGACAUACGAGUCCUCGACGCGCGCCUCCGCUCCAUGCGAGAGCCCUCUCGUUGGGCUCAGCCGCGAUGGGCCAGGCCACCAGGACCGGUCCCUCAGAUCCGUUCGACGCGGAAUGGGCGGAGAUCGCGGCGAGAAAUCUGCGACAGGCGAGCACGACGAACCCGUUCAUAAUGCCGAACGCGACCCAAGCGUUCCAGGUGCAAUUGUAGCGUCAGGAGUUCAUUAAUAGCGUUGCCAAGUACUUCCGUUCGAGUACAUAGUAACGAUUACAUGUCCGUUCGCGCUUCGAUUUCUCGCAUGACCGGAAGUAUUAUACGUGAAGCCUCGACUCUGGGUCGCAUGCUUUUCUCUAAUUGAAGUAAGGGCGGUGAUCCAGUAAAUUGAAACAGGAUAUCGAGGAUCGCAUAAUUUAAGGCGACGAAGAUGUGCGAGGGUCGGAGACGCGUAUCGAUCUCGAUAAGAUGUUUAGUAACAAUGAUGAAACGUAGCAGCAGAAAUCAGCACAAAUGAAAAUGAAAAACACGUACCCGUAAACGUUGUUUUAGAAACUCUAGUAGAUCACGCACACAGCCUCGAUAACUUCGAAUUAGGAGACGAGAGAGGGGACCGGGAGAUAUUACAAGGGACCACGCGUCUGGUCGCGUUGGUAAACGUGGAUUAAUUAUAGAGGAGAACGCAGGCUCGAUCGAUCGGGCGCACACGAUCUCGAUCUUUAGAUGUCGUCGCACUUUAUUCAUGAAGGGAACUAGAUGAUAAUCGCGUCGCUGAUAUCGAUAACAAGUACUUAAAUGUCUACCACAAGAUACUUAAAUAAAAGUGGCGUACGAUAAUCUUGAGUAGUUUAGGCUGAAAAACGGUUAAACGUCGUUUCUGCAUGGCGAAAAAAAGCAAAAUUAUUACGCACCCAAGAUUAACGCUGCACCAAUCAAAUGUUUCGUCAGAUAAAAACAAGAAAAAAAAACGAAAAAACAUAAGCGAAGUAAAUAACGAGAUCAUAUGAUGAUGCUAAGUAGCUUGUUAGUCCGAAGGUCCGCGCGACAGACGUGGAAACGUUACAAUUUUCUUUCUUUUCGUGUGAUCAACGACCGAUGGAAAUGAGAAAACCUGUUUAGCUUAGCCGGUUCUAACUAUUAAAAAUUGAUGAUUCAAUUAACGAUGGAUUAGAAGAAACUUGAGGUGAAAAGAGAAAGAAGUGAUAUUUGAUGUUGAAUCGAACUUUUGGAGGCGGACUGUGAUAUGGAUACGUGGCCAGUACUUAAGUGCGAAAAUGAAAUGGGCUGUCACGAUUUUGCUCAAAGCUUUUGUCUGUAAAAGGAAGUGCACGUGAACUUGGUUAGCGAACAGGGACUAUCGUUCCCCUACCGGCAGAAUUGAUCACAGGAAACUUGAAUAUACUUUACGCGAAAACGUAACACGUACACGCAACUUAGGGUACUUAAAGCAAAGACAAAGUUAGAUGUUGAAGUUUCUAGAGUCAGUACAUACGUUCCACGCUAUCGUUGUCUAAUAUCGUACGAGCGUUCGUUAAACGACUGUGUUGAAAUGCGAGGAUGAAUGUUAAUCAAAGGUUCGCGCAAUUGAGACACACAAAAGGUGCUUCCGCUUAAAUGAAAACUAAAUACACACUUAUAUAUAGAGAAACGAAAGUAAAUGGUAAUACGAUAUUCACAAAAGGUCGUUUCACGAGCCGACACGAGAGAGCAACGAUACACAUAUGGAAUCGCGUUCUGACGUGAACCUAUAGUACUACGGGUUGUUAUAUACAUAAUUACGUUGGUUGUUGAACGAUUAUAAAGGCACGAGAAAGCUUCUCACGUCCUAUGUACCAAUGAACGCCAUACAGAUGGAAUUAAUGUUGUGUCUUGAAGCUUCUAUCUUUUCGGUUUGUGACUGAUCGUGAGCUUUUCAUUUUCUUAAAUAUGAUUGAUGGUUCAACCCCUCGUCCCCUCUAUUUUGCCUUAAGUGCGACGGAGUUGAGUAGAAUUAAAAUAAAAGAAAUACCUUCUACUAGUUUUGUCAGCGUAUACAAUUAUUAAACAUUGAACGAUAAGUUCGCUACCGCAAGAAACCCGCAAAUUGUCCUAGUAUACGAUUAACAUUAUAAAUCAUUAAAUUUUGAAGGCAGAGAAAUCUAAAAUCUAUGAUAAAAAAAUAAUAUAUAGCUACUAUGUGUCGCAUCAUAUGGCGAGGGGUUGAUAUCUCGAACUUGGAUAAAAUGAGGUGUGACGUAGAAUGAUUUUGUCGGAGAAAUAGGGUACGUGUUCAAUCGCCGUUCCGACGAUUCGUGUGUGUGCAUUGUACAUAAAAUAAUAGUGAUAUUUAAAAGGAAAACAAUUGUAACGAAAUGAGACGAGGAGCAGCUUAGGUGGAAGAAUGAAACGAAAACUGUGUGUAUGCAUGAGAGAGGAAAUUAUUCACCGAGAACAGGCGACGAUUCUUCGCGCAACUGGAAAUUCUGUCCUUCGUUGCUGACGUUCCGUUCAGUUGUAACUGUAAGUUAUCUUUGUAAAUAGUUUGAUAACAUUUCUUAGUAUGAAUCGCGUUGCUUUCGAGUACGUUUCGGUUCUUUUUCCGUGUUUGGUGACGAUUACUAUAGUUCGUUCCAAAUUAAUUUUCCACUGAGAGAGGCAAUUCAGAACGAAAUAUCUUAACAUCGCCCUUUUUGACUUUCUGAACAUGCUUAUUUUCAAAUAGUGGAAUAUGAAAGAUGAUACGUACGACAAACUUCGGUUCACGGAGUGCAGUGACUAUAAUUGACACACUUAGGGAGAAAUUAAAGAAAUGUUUGAAGUGUCACAGUAACCGAGCGAUCCAAUUAAUUUUCACUUGAUAUUCAGUUAAUUUGGGCAGACCGUAGUACAUAUCAUUGAGAAAAAUGGAGCGAGUAUUCGGCUUAUAAUGACUCGAUAUCCUUCUCGUUUGGCGAGAUUGAGAGCUUGAUCUUCCAUCUUUUGUCCGUCCGGUAAAUCAAAAGCAAAAGAAGAGAAACGAGGAAAUACCGACGCACGAAUGAAAACGUGGAAAGGUGAAACGUUUUUGUCGAGUUAGCACAAAGUGUGAUCGUCGGGUGUGUUCUUACGCGAUGCGAAAUUUGUACAGUAAAAGAAACGUGCAAAAGGAGAAAGGGACGUAGGUUGACCAAUGUACUUAAAUUAUUGCGUAAUGCAGCUUGUUUUAUUUUCUUCUCCUCGUUCUAAUGAGUUGUAACAAAUUGAACUUCGCGAAUCUGUAAUGUUCGACGAAACUAUAUGUACAUAUAUCGUUUAAAAUGAUAAUCUCUUUUUAAAAGGUGUAGGAAUACUUUUGUCCUGUAUUUUUGACGAAGAGCAGCGUUGUUCUCAAAGUUCUGACGGGGAACCCUGUAUCUAUACAGGGACGAUUCGUUGUAUACUAUUAUCGCUUUAAGUACUUAUUGUUUUUUCCUCUCCUUUAUUUUCUUUAUAUUGUUUUUUUUCCUGUAUCGAUAUACGUUAAUAAUCCAUUCAGUUACCUUUUGGCUGAAGUCUAAAUUGAAAUACCAGACGUCCAACUGGUUUCCUGCAUAAAAAUAAUCGAAUACGUUCUUUCCUUAAUUCACUUUAGAAGGAAUAGGGGUAACGUAUGUAAAAUAAUUUAUUGUAACGUAAGAGAGGGAGAGAGAAAGAGAGAGAGUCAGACAUUAGUCAAGCGAUGUUCCAGUGUCUCGCUCGACUGAAAAUUGCGUUAUUACAUACACGAUUGGUUAACUCGUUUAAAACAAUAGCACAUUGGGACACUGGAAUUGAAAAAAAGGGAAAAAUAUAAGAAAUGAAAAUGGGAAUAAUUAACGAGCGUGCCAAAUUUACGAAAAAGAGUAACAGCAUUAUUUUCGACAGUACAUCGUGCAUGCUCCUGUGGUUGUGUUGUACAUAGUGUCGCCGAUCGAUUCCUGGAUUAAUGUACGACUGCGUGUAUAUUACGUGAAAGUAUCCUUGUUCGUUUUACAAUGUAUCUGCCUCUGUAAAGAUACGAUUUAUUAUAAUAUCUGUUGUGAUUACCAAA